UCUUAUACAAAACUAACUUUUAGGACGUAAGUGUAUGUAUGGUAGAAUUUCCCGAAACCUUUUAUUGCUAAGAAUUUCUUAUUACAAGAUUUUUUUUUUGAAAAUAAAUUAUUUUUUAGGGAUAUAUAAACCCAGAAAUUUGAAACCAUGAAUCCUUGAUACCAAAAAAUGGAUCCAAAUCGAUAAACCUACCAGAAAUCAUGACGACACGGCUCUCAGCCUUAUUCCCUUCUGUCAAGCCUUCAAAAGCAAAACCAAUUUCCACAAAGCCAUCGUCAUCGUCGUCCACACCACCACCAUCAACAUCGAUCAAAUCAGAAGCAAAACCAUGGUCUGUGUAUCUCAUUAUUUCCACAAACGCCCCGAUCAAGACCUACGUCGGUGUCACCACCUGCUUCUCUCGCCGCAGAUUGAAACAACAUAACGGUGAGCUUAAAGGUGGUGCAAAAGCAACCCGCUCUGGAAGGCCAUGGAUUUCUGCAUGCUUGAUUGAAGGUUUCAAGGACCAAAGUGAAGCUUCAGAGUUUGAAUCCAAAUGGAAAACUUUCUCUAGAAAGUUGCCUCGCAAAAAGGAGAGCGAGGAGAGAAAUGACGGGGAAAAGCAAUUAACAGGCAGUUCACUUCGUUUGUUACAACACAGGCUAGCAGCUUUGAAUAGAGUUGAAGAUUCUACUAAAGCAAAAGUGAAACAGAAACUCAAGAAAGAACCUUUACGCCUUCUUGAUCAAAAGGAGGACAAUCAACUGAUAACAGAUUGAUGUGUUAGAAGGAUUCAACGAGUUAAUGAUUGAAGGAUAUUCCUCAAGAAGGCACUCAC